UUUCUAUAAAAUUUCUGUAGGAGAAAGUUCCCACAUAUUGUUCGAUUUUACAUCUUGCUCAGCAGUGCCAGUUUUAGUAAGUAAACUUUGCAUUUUCAUGUUUAUUGAUUUGUUUCGAAAAAACAAUAAACCCCCUCUAUAUUAAGCCCCUCUAUAUUAGGCCCACUCUAUGUUAAGCCCCCCCCCCCUCCUGGAAUAUGCUAACAUGUAUUUCAGUUAAUCAUUUUUGUGAGAGGAGUUGGGGCUUAAUAGAGUGGUGCUUAAUAAAUUUCUUCCUCUAAAAGCCACGGGGUAUUGGGGGGAAGGGGAGGCUAAAUCGAGGAUUUACAGUUGCAUGGAAGUAGAAGGCGAUGAGGCAUCAUAUAUUAAUCAUUAUGCUUGUUUGGUGGUUAUCAUGCAUGUGACCAGCUUCCUUUUUUUUCUUUCUAUGCGGUUCCCAAGCGUUUAACGUAAAAAAGAGCUCGGAAUAGCAAGCCAUAUAAUUUGUUUUCGCAUGUAUUUCGAUUGAUAUCUCAUAUGCUAUCUAACAAUUAUCUGUUCAGUCAACUUUUUCCUUCGGUAAUUUGUAUUUUUAAGUACAUUAAAGAUACAAAUUACCGAAAGAGAAAGGAACAGCCUUUAAAUUACACUAAAAUUCCAUUAUUCUGGAUCCUUAAUUUUGCUGUUUCUCACUGCAUGUGAUAUUUUGUUUUGCUGUUGUGAUCAUGUAUCAUUUAUUUGUUUUGCCGUUGUGAUCAUCGAUUGUGAUGACGCUAGCUUUGGGUUUUAAACUAUCAGGAACAAACAAUUAAAGCUAGUGUUUUUAUUUUAGCAUUUACUGGAAUUUUUCCGGCCACAUUCAACACAAUCAAACCUCAUUGUACUGAAGAAGAAUAUUGGACACUGGCUGGCAUUUCAUCGAAUAUGUUAAUAUUGCACGGUACUUCAUGACUUUAUAAUCACAUAUAAUUCUUAAUUUGUCAUAAGUGCUACGUAAACCUUACGAACUUACAAAGAAAUACAACGUUGAGAUUGGAAAAUGCAAAUUAAUUACAAUAACAAGAAAACUGUUAGAGAAAAAAAUUUAAUUAUCAGUAUUUAUACUUUUAAAACUCGGGUCUGCUAUUUACUUCACGCCCCACACACCCCUCCCCAGCUAAUAAGAUCACCCAUUUCCUAGAAUGGCUAGGGUGAGUAAGACUUAUCCAGGGUGUAGAAGUUCGCUCAGUGAGGGCUAAGACAAUGCGGUCUUGCAGAUUACAUAAUCAUAACCUAGAAAAUUCUUUCAGUGCAACUGUAGGGUUGAAAUGAUGUUAGUAGUCUGUACUUGAUUACUACUAUUAGAUCAUUGAUAUGGCUUCAAUAUAAAAUAGUUUCUGUAAAUAGCAAAAAAACCCAUUAAAUUGAAGAAUUGUUAGAACCAAAAAUAAAUACUGGAACUUUUCAUGGAUAUUAUAUCGUUGUCGUCGUUUAGUUCUACACCAUGCACUGGCCUUAUCGCGUAAAUGUUAAAACAUUUUUACACUUCCUGUGUCCCACUCCAUUAAGAUCCAUUAACUUUGCUGUGAGUCAAACAUGUAAAUAUUUACUCUAUUUUAGGAGCUGUUUGUCAUUACAUGCUGUUGCUGUUAUGUUCCUGGCUGUUGUGCUACGUUAUUAAUACGUUUCUCUUACUUGUUCUAAAUAAACACCAUAUAUUUACUAAUCCUAUAAAACUUCAUGUGACACAGCUUAUAUCGUGUACAAUUGUGCCGUUUCUUUUUGUUGGUAUUUGUCUACUUGUUGAGAAACCUGCAUAUAGUAUGAUGUUCGAAGACCGCAUAGCAAUAUUACCGUCCUCGUACAUCCUUGUGUUUGGUACAGUGACACUUCCCGUGUUGCUUAGCGCUGGUGCCUCAAUGACAAUGUUGGUUGCUGUUGUAAGACGCAUUAGAAAGGUGAGCAAGAACUAAUACUUCAAAUUAAAGAUGUUUUAAGUGAUCUUCUAAGGAUAUUAGGCCGGCUAGCUCGGUACAUGCUAACAGAAAUUCCAGGGAAUUGUUAGCUGAAUAACGAAAUUUGCCGUGUCUAUUUUGGAGGAAGCGAAUUGGCUCUGGUUGUUGAAUAUUGCCGCUAUUUGUGAAUAGUAGUUGAAUAUUGCUGCUAUUUGUGAAUGAAUUGUUCGUGUAAGGAGAUAUUUACCAUAUCUCUAACUGUAACAUGUAACUGAUUAAAUGAUGUUCCCAUUAUGCUUUGCACGCUUAGAGUUUAAGGUUUGCAACCCAAUUCACAAGUACUAGUUAAAACAUUCGCAUCCGAUCUUUAUCUGAUAUACAAACUCUCGCCGAAUAACGUGCUUAAAAAACGACCCAUCUUAUGAGUUUAUUGGCGAAGUAAUUUUAAAAAUAAAUAUUGUCUAAGCUGAGAUAAUCAAAGCUGACGUUUAUGUAAAUUAGGACAAAUCUUUAUCCGAUUUACAAAGAUUGAUUAAACAUUAAUUUAUUUUGUAUUUUCCUCAUGAAUUAUUAAUGAGUUUUUUAACUUUAGAUACUCACAUGCCUAGUUACUAUUGUUCAAGUUUACCGAAAUAGAACAAAGGCAACUAAGCAUUAGAGUUAUGUAUAAGAUUUAUACUAAUAAUAAGAGUAAUAAUAAUAUAGGAGUAAUAAUAAUAAUGAUUUCGAUCAUAUGCUUCUGCAUACUAGAACAAUGAUAAUUAGGCAUGUAAUUUAUCUAAAGUUGUGAACUGGAUAUAAACAAACGUUAGCCAAAUCUGUCUAUUACCUCAGAUGAACAAACUAGACAGUGUUGGAAGGUUGGGUGUUGAAUGCAGUGCACUCUAUAUUACAUAAACCCGCCGUGGCUGGAAGCCUUGUAUUUAUGUAUCCUAGCUUCAUGGGCAAGAAAGUAUUCGUAAUGUAAUUAUCGAAAGGGUGUAUUUGAGCGGGCACUACAUGUCUCUCAUGAAUGUUUUUGUUUCAUUAGGUUUCUCAUGAUCCCACAACAGCUGGUCAGGUGAUACGAUCAGAUGAAGAAAGGGCUUCUCUGAAAACUGUAGAGCGUCAUUUUCUUUCCAUCAUAUGUCUUUAUGCGUUGGCUAUUAUUGCUAUAUUCGUAGCCGAGGCUUUUCUACAGGAUCAGGAGGUUGCUUAUUUAGAGAAUAUUUUGGAGUAUUUUUCUUGUCUUCAGGUAUGCUUCAAUAUUAUUAAUACAGUUCAUAAUACUACAAACUAUUUUUAUUUCCCUUUCGAAAUUUACUCGUAGGAAUUUAUAGGAGCGAGGGAAUGGUUAGAUUUUGAUAACAAACAAAUUAAUAUUUUAAGAAGUAUUCGACUUUCAUUCAUAGAAAUUUAUUAUUAGUAACAAAUUCUUAUAAAUGAAAGUCGUCGGAAUUUAUUUAUAAAAAACCUACAUUAUCCCAGGAAUAAAUUCCUAUAUAUGAAUUCAAAUUAAACUCAUGAGAACAUAACUUUCACUUGGUGCCAUAGAGAUUUGUUGUAUAUUACUACGACAAUAGAAAUCGAACUAUUGCUCGUGAAGCCAUUGCUUUCUUCUACUACCAUUGCUUUACGACUAUUUAUCGUUUUAAUUUCUUUAUUUUCAUAAGAAUAGAUGAUCCAUUCAUUUGCCAUUUACCGCAAUUGUAAAUUCAAAUAUCACUCUCUUACCCUGAUUCAUCAUUUCAUUUUUAGACUGACAAACUCUGUAAUAAACCUGACAGGCCGAAGUUCUUUCUUUCAAAUAUGAAAAUAUUAACACCUGGAUUUUUCUGCCUGGUGACUUUCUUCCUGCUAUUUUUUACAAAUGAAACACGUUCCAUCUGGAGAGGAUGGUUAAACUGGAGUAGCUCGAAAGCAAGAAGCAUUGGGCGGUGUUUUUUGCACUGGUUAGGAGAAUGUAAGAUGUCUUUAACCAGGAAACAGGGCAGUUUACGAGUGACAGAUCAAGUUGUGCCAGAAAGCGUUAACAGGCUGACGUCUGGAAGUGUCGUAUCACUUAAUGUUACGCACGAUUUAUCAUCUUAUGUAACAAGAGCGACAACUGUGGAUGAAGAUCAACAUGGCCGGACUAAUGAUGUUGUCAUCACACAUUUAUAGGUGGUGAAAGAUCAACAAUAUACAAUAUAGCGUACAGAACGCGUUCAACGACGUGCGUCGAAGUACAUAUUGAACCUACCGUUCUUCUGUGACAUCAACUAUAACCAUCGUCUCUCAACAUUAAAUCUACUACCUCUGUGUUACUGGCACGAGUACCUAGACAUAAUGUUCCUUUUCAAAUCACACCAUGACAUUAUUAACCUAAGCAGCGACAUACUACCUCACCCUCAAAAUUCAAGUCAACGUACCCGAUCUACAAACCCUAAUACAAUAUAAUACAAUACAAUACAAUUUUAUUCAGUACCGGUAGUAAUACAUACAUAAAUAUAAAAUAAAGAUAAAGUUACGAAAAGAAGGUACUAGCUAACUGUAAUAACCAAAAGGCUAAUCGAGACAGUCAGCAAAUUUGAUUAGUAACAAAAUAUAUUUUAGUGGGUAAACUGAAUAAAUAAAACACAUGCAAUAAAGAUUUCAAAAUGGACAAUUUUGAUGCUAUAAGCUAAUAUGAAUUCAAUAUAUUAUUUUUAAGUUUGUGUUUAAACUGUGAUUUAAAAAGACCCUUAAGAUUUUCGUCAAUUGAAUUCCACACAUUACUGCCAACAAAACGUAUAUUAAAUUUUCCAUAGUUGGUUCUUACUUUUGGAAGGGAGUAUGACGAUCUCGAAGCAAGUCUGGUGUUAUAGUUAUGUUUUUGGCUUACUAAUGCAAAAUACUCAUCAAAUACGUGAGGAAGUCGACCUGUAUGAAAGUCGUACAUAAAUAGUGCAUUAUGAUAAAAAAUAAGGUCAUGAAACUUGAGAAAACGAAGUUGAAUGAAGAGAGGGUUAGUAUGAUCCUGAUAGUUAGAAAAUGUUAUUAAACGAAUAAUCUUUUUUUGUAGGAUAGCUAAUGGAUUCACUGUUGUAUUGUACGUGUUACCCCAAGCAACUAGAGCGUAUGUAAGAAAUGGAUAGAUAAGUGAAUAAUAUAAAUUAAUAAGAAUAUCCAAGGUCACAAAAUUACGUAUUUUUGAGAUGGCUCCAAUAUUGCGCUUUAUCUCUUUGGAGAUUUCUAAAACCUGAGCUUUAAAGUUUAGGUUAGCAUCUAUCACUACACCCAAAUAUUUGAAAUUAGAUGUUUGCUUCAAUAAUUUAUUGUUAAUCGUUAAUUGGAUACUAGAAGAAAUUUUUUUCUGAGGAGGGUGAAAUAUAACAAAGUUUGUCUUAUCGAUGUUAAGCGACAAUUUGUUAACACAGAGCCAUUUAUUUAUAUGCUCAAGUUGACUAUUUAUAGUAGAUUCA